AGAUCAGAGAGUCACUGCUGCUCCCCUUCAAAAGAAACGACUCCACUCCACUUUUUUCAGAAUCCAGAGGAAGUGGACAGAGUGUCACAGCAGCACAGCACACCAUGUGGUGGAGAGUGGUUAGCUGGCUGGCCUGGGUCCCCUUGCAAGAAGCCUUUCUGACUAACCACGUGGAGACCAUCACAGUGGAGGAAGGCCACACGCUCACGCUCAACUGUAGCACUUCUCUGAAGCAACCUGCCCCCAUCCAGUGGCUGGCCCCCUCAGGCUUCACCAUUUUUUUAGAUGACCAUUCUGCUUUAAAGAAUUCUAAAUACCAGCUUCUUCAGCACUCGACCAACCAGCUGUCCAUCAGCGUGUCUAACAUCACGCUGCAGGAUGAAGGCGUGUACAAGUGUUUGCAUUACAGUAACCCUGUGAGAACAAAGGAAGUGAAAGUCAUUGUGCUGGCAAUUCCUUCUAAACCAACCUUGGAGGCUUCAGUGCUCAGAGGGCAAAACGGAGAGGAAGGUGUUGUACUCAAGUGCUCCACCGCGAGAAGCAAGCCCCCUCCCCAGAUAACCUGGAAAGUUGGGAACAGCUUGGAGUUGUAUGGCAGAACUCACCAUGACUUUGAAAUGAAUGGUAAAACAUGUAACACCACCAGCAUGCUCAGAGUCUACACAUACAGCAAAACUUCAACAGUGGACUGCAUUGUCCGACACAAAGGCCUGCAAGGGAGAAAUCUGGCAGCAUCCUUCCAGUUUGAAGAUUGGGUUGCAGAUCAAGAGGCAGCUUCCGAUGUCCCGGAGAAGAGCUCGCUGUCCUCCCCGGGAACUCAGCCUCCCACGCCCACUAGCGCUGUCUCAGUCAUGGAAAAUUCUAGUACCUCAGAGACUGACAAGGAAGAGAAAGAAAAAAACACUCAGAGCCCUGACUUGACCUCUGAAAUGAAUUCUCAGUACAUAGGAUUGGUGAGGAAGAGAAGCGGCAUCCUGCUGCUCACUCUCGUGUCCUUCCUCAUUUUCAUCCUCCUCAUCAUAGUCCAACUCUUCAUAAUGAAGCUGCGGAAAGCUCACGUGAUAUGGAAAAAAGAAAAUGAAAUUUCAGACCACACGGUAGAAAGUUAUAGGUCACGAUCAAACAACGAAGAAACAUCUUCCCAAGAGAAAAAUGGCCAAGCUUCUCAUCCUAAGAGUUGCAUGAGCUACAUCACACAGUUGUACACACAAGCGAAAGCAAAGAGGAAAGAAAGUGCACAACAUUCAACAUUAGAAGAAAAACACUCUCCUAUACCAGAGAAUAUUGUGUAGUGCUCCCUGCAGAAAAUGCCAUUUCAGGGCAGCCACACCCUCCGUGGAGCAGCCUGUGGGAAGGAGCGGAAUGACUCUGACAUGAAAAGUGCCCUUCGAGUGCAAUGCAAGAAAGUGACCUCUGAUGAUACUCUUCCCCAGAGCCAGUGCAGCAACAGGACAAAUCUGUGGACACAAGGCUUGGAGUUUAUUUAAAAAAAAAAAAAAGGAAAGAAAGAGAAGGGGGAAAAAGAACCUAUUAUGCCUGAUGCUACUUCAGAGCAGGAAGACACUACCAGGCCCAGGUCAGUGUGACCACAGAACAUUCUCCUUGGAAGGGAACAGGGUGUUUUUUGCUUUGUUGUUUCGUCUUGUUUUUAAGAUGCUAGGCUCCAGUGGAGCUACUUAAAAUUGUUCUUGUUAAAAAAUCUCUUGAAGGUAGUGUGGCACAACAAGCCAGGGCCCUGCUGCAGGUGCCUACGUCCCAUGCCAGAGUGCAAAUUUGAAUUCCACCUUUCACUUGCUAUCCAGUUUUUGUGCCUGGAAGGCAACAGAUGAAGGCUUGGGUACUUGGACCCAUGCCUAUCCACCUGCGAGCUCAGGAUGGAGUGCCUGACUCCUGGAUUUAUCCUGGAACAACCCUAGCUCUUGUGGUCAUUUGGGAGUGAACAAAUGGA